AUGGGCGAGGACAAGAAGGAGAAGCCGGGCAAGGCUGACGGCGGCGACCACAAGAAGGACGCCGCGGCGCCGCCCCAGCCCAUCGUGCUCAAGGUCGACUUGCAUUGCGCCGGCUGCGCCACCAAGGUUAAGCGGGCCAUCAAGAACGCCCCUGGCGUGGAGUCGGUUAAGACUGAGACGGCGGCAAACAAGGUGGUCGUCACCGGCGCGGCGGACGCGGCCGAGAUCAAGGAGCGCAUCGAGGCCAGGACCAAGAAGCCCGUUCAAAUCGUCUCCGCCGGAGCCGCAUCGCCCAACAAGGACAACAGGGACAAGGACAAGGACAACAAGGCCGGCGCCGGCGAUAAGCCGGAGAAAGAGAAGAGCAAGGCAGCAGACAAGGAGAAGGGCGGUGGCGGUGCCGGUGCUGAGAAAAAAGAGAAAAAGGUGGAAGCCGCCGACAAGCCCAAGGAGGAGGAGAAGAAACCAAAGGAGCCCAAAGAGGUUCGUCCCUGGGCUACUGAGACCGUGACGCUCAAGAUCAGGCUGCACUGCGACGGCUGCAUCGACCGCAUCAAGCGCCGCGUCAACAAGAUCAAAGGAGUGAAGGAAGUGACGGUGGACGCUGCCAAGGACCUGGUGAAGGUGACUGGCACCAUGGACACAGCCGCCCUGCCGGGCUACCUCAGGGACAAGCUCAGUCGGCCGGUGGAGGUGGUCACCCCCGGCAAGAAGGACGGCGACAAGGAAGACGACGGCGAGAAGAAGAAGGACAAGGGCGCUGGCGCUGGCGAUGGCGGCGAAAAGAAGAAGGACGGCGGUGGCGGCGGCGAGGACAAGAAGGACAAGUCCGCGGCGUCCGUGGCGCCGAUGCCCAUGGCGGACCCGAGCAUGUACCAGAUGCCCCCACAGUACGGCUACAUGCCGUACCCCCCGGCGCCCGUCGGCUACUACGGCGCGGCGCCGCCGCCGCCGAACCCCGGCUUCUACCCGAACGCCGGGCCCCAGUACCCGUCGCCCUACGCGACGUACCCCGCCCACGCGCCCCAGAUGUUCAGCGACGAGAACCCCAACGCCUGCUCCGUCAUGUGA